AACGAUGAAUCAAGGUGCCGGUAGAAGAAUCAAGGCCUUGUGCUGGAUAUUAUGCAGAUGAGAUAUCCAAUUGAGGAUAGGGCCGCCGCCGAAUAUGUGUAUCGCAGCCAUUGGAAUUAUCUUUUGUGGAUCUGCUUCUGAUAUCAAUUUCAGCCCUACUCGGCUCCAGCGAAAUUACCGCUAGUAAUGGAAGUUGUAUCGUAAAUGGACAAGUGCUAUUCCUUUAGCUAAACUUGGAUACGUAGCCGCUCUCUGCUGAGAAAUCAUUUCUUCAUUCCAGCUUUGCUUAAUUAUUACUCUCUUUUUACUUAAUCUUUCCGCCGAGUUCCUCCGCAUCUCGGAUAUAGCCCAAAAUCCGGUUGAAAAUCUUCCUAUUUCUCUACUUGUGGCUUUUGUUCUAAAAUCCGGUAUCACCUUCGGCCUAACAUUUUAUCCGCAUGGACUAUUCCCAGUCUAUGAAGUCCGACCAGUUGGGUCGAUUAAAAAUUUGAUAUCGAUUGCUUUCCUUCGUUCAUAGUAGGUCAGUAUACAUGGCCUUGCGGGCCUAUCACUUCCAGUGUAAGCACUAUAAAUCAACCCUUGAUCUUUCACGGCUAUCAAUAUCAUGUUUAGAUGGCAACUGGCUCGCCUUCCAAACUAUUAUGGAGAAAAGAACAUCGAUUUUGACGCUGCGUAGACGCUUCUUGGAACUCUCAUUGAAACUAAGAGUCAUACCGACUAAAAAGGUAAAGCUUUUCUCAUGAAUCUCACGGCUUAUGAAGCACAGUUAAGUAGCUUUUUCUUCAUUGUCCAACCCUUGUCUCCCAGAAUGAAGCAUGCCUCUCGGCUCCCUUAGAACUUUAUAUAUUGUGUGACCAUCUCCAUGUUUAAGGUUUGAGCACUACAGCAGGUGGUUUUCAACAUAGUUUCGAAAGAUCUCUUUAGCUUUUCAACUGAAAAAUUCACACAAUGUCGGAUCCUAUAUCAGAGAAACUUGCAGAAACUUCUGCUGCUUCAGCGAAAUCUCUAAAUGUUCCACCCAACCAAACGGGCAUCUCCUCUGAAAUGGCAUCCAUCUCGGAGAUUGAUCAGGAGAAAGCACAAGUCAAGCAAACUGAGGAUGCUUCCCCAGUACGAGAUAUUACAGGUUGGAGAUGGGCUUUGGUGGUUGCUGCAAUACUCUCCUCUACUUUUCUCUUCGCCCUCGAUAACACCAUCGUGGCAGAUGUCCAAGCUGAUAUCGUCGUUACCUUCAAUGAUGUUAGUAAGCUUUCUUGGCUUAGUGUGGGCUUCCUCAUUGGCGCAGCCAGUACAAACUUAGUAUGGGGAAAGAUCUUCGGUCAGUUUAAUGCGAAAUGGACAUAUAUCAUUUCGAUCAUUAUCUUCGAGGCUGGCUCCGCGUUGUGCGGUGGUGCUCCCAAUAUGCCUGCUUUAAUUGUUGGACGGGCACUCUGUGGGUUCGGUGGUAGCGGUGCGUAUGUGGGUGUCAUGACACUGCUCGCUGCUUCUACAACUAUUCACGAGAGACCACUUUAUAUUGGAGGUACUGGAAUGACUUGGGGUUUAGGCACUGUAAUUGGUCCGAUUAUUGGAGGUGCAUUCGUAGAUUCCUCUGCAGGAUGGCGUUGGGCUUUUUAUAUCAACCUUUGCAUUGGCGCAGCUUGCGCUCCCGUCUAUCUAUUUCUCCUUCCAAACUAUGAUCCUCGCCCUGGUGUUCCACUCCUCCAUCGCGCAAAAGAGGUUGAUUACCUCGGUGGCAUACUUAUCAUUGGAGCCUUCGUCUCUGGUGUCAUGGCUGUCUCAUUCGGUGGUGUAACUUAUCCCUGGAACUCUGGAAAGAUCAUCGGGUUGUUCGUAUGCUCGGGUAUCUUGUUCAUCAUCUUCGGCCUCCAACAAGUCUUUACUAUCUUUACCACGACCAGCCGCAGAAUCUUCCCUAUCGAAUUUUUAAAGAGCAGAACAAUGCUUAUUCUUUUCGCUAUGACAUCUGCCGGAGGAACCGCCAUCUUCAUUCCUAUCUAUAUGAUUCCAAUCUUCUUCCAAUUUACCCGUAACGAUUCAGCUCUCGAAGCAGGCGUCCGUCUGCUGCCAUUCAUCCUCCUGAUGAUCUUCGCCGUCAUAUCAAACGGUGCAAUCCUUUCCGCAUACGGUUACUACAUGCCAUGGUACACCGCAGGCGGAGUCCUCGUCCUCAUCGGCGGAUCUCUCAUGUUCGCCGACGUCACCCCCGAAACCUCUAUCGCCAAAAUCUACGGCUUCACCAUCCUUAUCGGAUUCGGCGUCGGUCUAUUUGCUCAAGCCUCCUUCUCCGUUGCCCAAGCCGUUGUUGCCGAAGAACUCGUCUCUUCGGCCGUCGGCUUCAUCACCUGCGCACAAGUAGGUGGUGUAACCAUCGCUCUCGCAAUUGCCAAUUCCGUCUUCCUGAAUGGAAGUCAGGAGAAAAUCCAAGCUAUUCUGCCAGAUUUACCAGCUGCGGAAAUUCAGCAGGCGAUUGCAGGGGCGGGUAGUGAAUUUGUGAAGAAUUUGACAGAGAUACAGCAAAAGGAGGUCAUUCAGGCGAUUGUAGAGAGUAUGAGUAAGACUUAUGCUAUGGUUAUCACGGCGGGAGCGUUGGCUGUGGUGUUGAGUUUGUUGAUGAAGAGGGAAAAGCUUUUUAUGAGUGCAGCUAUGGGUGGUGCUUAGAUAGGGGGUUGGUCUUAGGGUUAGAUUAGAGGUUGUUAUGGAGGAUGGUUUGCUUUAGACUUUCGAUGAGUAUAUGGGGAAUAUAGAUUGGCACUGGGUUCUGUAUCGAUAGUCACUCUAGGAUAGUGUCGAACACAUAACACAGAAUGCGUCCUCAAUUAUGGUAGAGGGGCUUAAAGGAAGUUGAUAGUAUUCA